AGCGUGCAACAGACUUGAAGUUUGCCGACUUUGGAGUAACACUGUCAGACUAACGUGAUGACAUGGGUGUGCUGUCAACCUGUUUGAUGCUAAGGACUACUCUGUCGUUUGACAUGUAAAUGGCAGGGUUUAGGGGUAUGUCCUACGGUGAUUCGCUCCUCCCUCCUCUUUUCAUACACUGUCUGACGCCCCUGUUCCAUCGAUCAUCCGUGAUCGCAAUCGUGCCCUCCGCCCGCACCGCAUUUGUUGACGGCAGCAAUGAUGGCUUGCCCUGCAACCAGCAUAUGAGAUGGACUUUCGCCAUCGAUGAUUGGUUCUAAAGUUUGCAGAAUAUAAAUUUAGCAUGAUGGAGACAGUUGUCACGCACAUUUGCAUACUGCAACGUGUAUAGAAGAGUCUUCGAAAAACUGCAACGCUGGCAUACUCAGCAGCUUUCCCGUAUUCUUUGAAAAGUUUUGGCAUGUCGGCAAUCCCCUCUUCACGGCAUUCCCUGAAGCUCUCCAUGCCCAGGUAUGGCAGCCUCCAGAAGGCGACUGGUAACUCGUGGGACAUCAAUGACGGAGUCCUUCCAGUGCCCGUGCAAGUGGAUAUUUUCGAGGAAUGGCCGGACGGCCACACCCACCGUAUCUAUACGGGCACCCAGGAGGAGGCUUCCCGCCAUGCAAGCGGCUGGGCCAUGAGAAACACCAACAACCACAACGUGAACAUCCUGAAAAAGUCAUGUUUGGGGGUUUUAGUGUGCAGUGAAAAUUGUACUCUUGAGAAUGGAAAGAAAGUGCUGCUGCGCCCGGCUAUCUGUGACAAAGCCAGAAGGAAGCAACUAGGACGACCAUGUCCAAAUGUGUCUUGUCGAGGUGUCCUUACACUGAAGGCGUGUCACGGCCACGCUGGUUACCCUGUUACCCAUUUCUGGCGGCACAGCAGCGGGCUCAUCUACUUCCAAGGCAAAGGACAGCAUGACCACGCCAAACCCCAAACUAAAGCGUCAACCGACCUCCAGUUGAGAAGAACAUGGCUGCGCGUGGCAAGACGAAGAGCAUCUGGAACAAACUGGAAUGUCAACCGAUCCUCAAUGCCGACUCCACCAAAGGUUCCCAGGCCUGUGCAUUUAGGAAAAGAUGCUGUGUGUUCCUGUCCCCCAUUUGAAUGCCAGUGCUCUAAGCCAGGAUUCCCAUCCACUUACACCAGCAGGGAGCCACUCAAUCUGGUGAUGGAGUCAUUUAAAAUGGAGAAAACCAUGCAGCACACAAAAGGAAUUCUUGGCAAAGCAGAAUCUUCAGCCAUUCUGGCUUCCCAAUCUGCAGUGGCAAACAGCAUCACUGUGGCUUCAUCCCUGUCUUCCUCCUUAUCCUCAUCGGCAUUCUUGGCAGAAUCCAAUGCCAGGUUUGAGACCAAUGCAUACAAGGACUGUAUGUUUCCAUUGAACAGAUGUCCAACAUCUGAGACUACCACCGUCGCCAAGUCCUCCACCUCUCCUACUAAUUCCAGCUAUGAUGUCCAUGGUGCCUGGUCCACUUGGCCUCUGUCUCUCAACCCAGAUUUCCAUUAUGACAGCACACACUUGGACUGGAACAAGCUCAUGCCAGAUCAGUAUGAUUUUGAGAUUAAUGAGCCAGGAGACAUUCUGUCUCUUGACCAGCCUUUGGAUAAAAACUUAGUGCAUAAUAUGGCACAAAAAUUACCUACAGCCUCUCCAACCCCUGCCUCCCCAAAGGGCGAAGCUGAGAGAACCCCACCAGCCAGUGAUGUCAACCCUGAUCCAAACCUUCCUUCCAUAGACUACUUCCUGGCAGAACAACAGAAAGCCAAAUCAGAUGCUGCUGCCAAUGCUUCUACUGAGGAGAACAUGAUAAAUCAGUCACCAAGAACUGAGAGCCACCACAACCCAAGAUCAGCUUCAAGUCCUAAGACACUGACAGAACUGAACCCAAUUCCAGCAUCUGACAUGCAACACUGGUUGUCCAAAGGCAGCUGGACCCAGCCCGAGACUUCUCCUCCCUCAGAGGUCAGAACCACCACCCCCACCCACACAUCAUCUGAAGCCAGAAGUGCCUUCCAGCCCUACAGUACUCUGUACCUCCAGACAUUGUACAACCAGUCCCGGGCAGUGCCUCCAGACCAGAGAUGCUUCCAUGGCUCAAACUUAACAGAAAGUUGCCCACCCCCAAUGAGUGAUGUCGAGGCUUACCAGUGUGCCAUAGGGGCCUACCCCUGCCUGCCAAACCACAGCAUUAACAUCACCCUAACCUACAACCAAGGUGGAAACUGGCAAUCACCAAAGGGCCCUGUGUCCCCAGAAAAAUCUCUCCUUGGAUUUGCUCGAUAAUCGCAGAACAUUUUGCAUAUGACCGUAUUUGUGGCAUCCUGCUAUUAUUGGUAACUUUUUUCUUAUAAGUAGGGGUAUAAAGAUGAGCAUGAAAUUUUGGAAAAAAGCCUUGAAAUAAUACAUUUGAAAUAUGAUUUGCUUUGUCUUUGAAAAAAAAAAUGUGAUAAGGCUUAUAGAAAUAUUUUAGCAGAUGGAAGUUGAUUUUUCAUAUGUACAUGAAGCUUUACCUUGCAACUGUAGUUUUAGCAGUAUGAUACUGUGGACUAUGUACAUAUUUUUAUGACAAAUGCUGUUAAUUUUUAACAAUACUUAGAUUUAGUUAAUAUGUUUAUCAUAUCCGCAAGCCUUAUUUUUCAAGUAAAAAACAGAAAAAGAUUUGUUGCUUCAAAAAUAACCAUGGCUUUGCAAAAUUACCAAAUGGCUUGGGGUCUUUUACUAUUGUGAACAUUUUUUAAAAUUGACUGGAAAUGUUAACCAUCAAUAGUGGCAUUGUGCAAGAGUCAAAAUGAGCCUUACGCAAGAUGAAGAACAAUGGUUACAAUUAUCACUCAUCUUCAUGGAUGUAUCUAUGGAAAAUAGGGCCUUUGGCAAGCAGUAAAAUUACACCCCCUGUCUAAACUUAUGAAAUCCUAUUUUUAGGUUCCUUUACUCUAAAGUGGAAUCUGCUUCAAGUGGUGCCCAGGGCACUUGCCCUACCUGACAUCCCCAGAUAAACCAAAGUUCAUCUUAUCUCAUUCAUUGUUGACUUAAUGCAUUAAAUUUAAGUUUUGUUUGAUCCAGUAAUGAGAUCUGCCAGAGGCACGACCAAUAAUUGUAGAUAUUAUCAUAUGUAUAUAUAUAUAUCUUGUGCGGUACAAUGCUUGCAAUAUAUCUUGUACAUACGUAAUAACUGCUGCUUUAUUAACAGCUGUUGCUUUUACAAGGACAGGUAGUACCUAAGUCCUAAAUUGUAUUUAUGGAAAACUUUACUUUUGAAGUGGAUUUGUUAACGAUAAUAUAUAUGUUUUUGAAUACAUUUGCUAUAAUGUUAAUCAUAAACUUUGUUAUUUGUCUCAGGCCUAGCCUUACUGUACUUAGUAUAUACAUAUACAUGCUACAAAUCUCUACAAAAUUACAGUAAAAACAUGGUUAUCCAUGUGGAAGGGUUUUAGAGCAUCUUUUUUCUGGAGUUGUGAUUAAUAGAAUAAUGCAAAAUGCAACACUGUCUGCGGUUUCUUAAGGGGUCAGUGUGUAUGACACUUGGAUGGAUAUGCACAAUUAAACCACAUUUUAUCAUUUGUCAUGUAAAUAUUGUAUAUUUUUGCAUUGUGUAUGCUUUUUUUAUUAAAUUGCUGCAAUUUGCACUUUAAUUCAAUAAUGUUCUCAGUUUUUAAGAACUGACACAAAAAUGAUGAAUGUGAAGAACAUGCUAAAAUUUUACUCCUGAUUUAGCUACAGCUUAGAAUAUCUUUGACUUCAUGAUUCAGAGCAUUUGUCAUUUAUAAAAUGUGAUUUGAUACAAAAAUGUCAAAUGCUGAGUAUUGACAUUUAAUGUCCAUUUAACUAUUGAUUGUUUACUUGAUUACAUGUUGUUUGUAAUUGCUUCAAAUAAUUUU